UCGAGAUUACAAAACGCCGCGGGACACCUCUGACCGAAAAGGGUUAUUAUCAUAAUGUUAAUUACGAUAAGAAUGUUGAUUAGUAGAACUACACAAUGAGACCGACUAUUUGUGUUCAAGCUAGUGCUCGUGAACGCAGAAUAAUUAAGUACCAAACUUGUUGACAGUGUUCCCAGCAACCCUGGCGACAAAACUGUGGAAGAAUACUAUGUCAUAUAGAAAUAAUUAUCGCAGCAAUUACCUGCUUUCACCAAUGGAAGAAGAACCGAAUGGAAAUGCUAUCCUCGGCGGCGAAGAUCGCCAGAAAUCUUUUGUGAGCAAAGAAAGGCUAAAUUUGGAGAUGAGUGAGCUUGGAAAGCCUAUCAUUUCUCGAGCCACCGGCCUGUUCGAAGCCGUGCGCGAUGGAGUAGUAGACCUUGUUAACGAACAACUCGGGAAACUGAAGAAAAAUUCCAAAGGUAUCGACAAGUUGGAUCAGUCCGGACUCGCUCUGCUUCAUCAAGCGGCGCGUUACGAUCGAACCAACGUUGCCAGAUCUUUGUUAGAUCAUGGCGCACGAAUCGACGUGCGAUCGAGAGAAGACAAUCUCACUCCGCUACACAUCGCAGCAAGAUUCAACUGCGUCGAGACUACCAAGUUACUGAUCCAGAGGGGUGCAAACCCUGCUUUAGCGUCAACCAAUGGUAGCACGGCAUUACACUUUGCCGCCCGCCGUGGGAAUGAGCAAGUGGCGGAGCUUCUUGUACAUCAUGCCAAAGUUGACGUCAAUUCGAAGGACUCUGUCCACAUGACCGCACUUCAUCUGGCCUGUGUCAGUGGAAAUGUCGCCAUUUCAAGAAUGCUUCUUGAACAAGGAGCGGACAUAAGAGCUAAAUCCACAGAGCUUAUGACUCCUCUGCAUACUGCUGUAUACCACGGGAACAGUGAAGUCGCUGCUCUGAUUUUACGAGCAGCAACUGAGGCAAAGCAGGAUAUUAAAACUCUCGUGGAAGAUCGGAAUGUGGAUGACAACACAGUUCUUCAUCUGGCAGCGGGAACAAACGAUCUAAACACCGCACAAGUGUGUCUUGGGAACGGCGCGGACAUAAACGCCCUUAAAACAAAUAACGAGACGCCACUGUACGUGGCAGCAGUGAAAGGAAACUUGCAGAUGGUAGAGUUAUUGGUCCAGAAAGGAGCUGAUAUAAACGUCAAGAAUGCAGACUCUAAAUCUGUUCUUCACAGGGCAGCUGUAUUUAACCGGCUUGACCUCAUUUCGUUUCUCCUUGACCAUGGCGUGCCCAUCGACACACGUGAUGCACAGAGUAGCACACCUUUCCUGGACGCUGUAGCCGCUGGCCAGACCAAAUGUGCUCGACUUCUCCUCCAUAGAGGAGCUGACAUCAAAGCGAGUGAUAUUUUCAUGAAGAACUGCAUUCACAUGGCGGUUGAAAAUGAAAAUCUGGAGACAUUACAAAUGCUCCUAGAGGAAAGGUCUGUUCUAUGGAACCUUUAUAGACCGGAUGUACACGAAAGAGUUCCUUUGCAUUAUGCUGCUAUGGUGAAAGAUAUUAGGAUAAUGGAUGCACUAUUGGACAAACAAACGCGAUUCACUUUCCACGAUGAGACACAACAAACUCCUCUGCAUCUUGCUGCCCAGUAUGGAAUGUACGAACAGGUGGAAGCACUGGCACGACAAGUGGCCUCUGGACUGAAUGAACGAGAUGAGCAAGGACGGACACCACUUCAUAAUGCAGUCAUUAAUGGACACAGGAAAGUAUGUUACACUUUAUUGAAACUUGGAGCUGAUGCAAGCAGCAGAGACAGCAACCGCUGGACACCGUUAAUGUGGGCAUCAAAGCUAGGGUGGGGAAAGUCUUGUCAAGCAUUGUUGGACAUGCAAGCAUCACCAGAUGACGUCAACAUGGACGGAGAUACUGCCUUGCACAUUGCCUGUAGGCAAGGUCACGUAGCCAUUGUCAACUUACUGCUGGAAAAUGGCGCAAGUUUAAAUGUUUGCAACACGCAGAGUUUAACCUGUCUAGAGGCUGCAGUUCGGGCGGGGAAUAGCGAGGUAGCCAUGGCUAUGGUCAAGCAUCAAAGAUGGCCUGAAAUAAUGGAACACAAGGACAUACAUGGCCACACACCUAUGAAGCUGCUAAUAGAGCACUUUCCAGAAAGCGCUGAGCUGUUGAUGGACCGCUGUGUUAAAAGAUCAGAGAUGACGAGUUCCAACGAUCCACAGUUUUCUGUUACUUACGAUUUCAGCCUUCUAGACCCAGGCCCUGACGACCCAGCUUUCGUUCAUGGAAGACGUUUCUUCGGACCAAGCACCAUGGUGAAACACGAGCGGAAAGGACUGCUGCUUCAUCCACUAACCCAGAUGUUGCUGAGUCAGAAAUGGUCGACCUUUGGACGCUUCAUUUACUACUUGAACUUUCUAUCGUAUUUGAUCUUUGUUGGUCUCUAUUCGGCUUUUAUCGUCAUUGAGAGAAAUAAGCAGAACUUUACGUCACUCGUCAAAGUGGACGGAAAAGACUGUUACUAUGAAGACUUUUCUUACUUUGACGACAAUGACACCUUUAUAGAAGAUUAUCAACUGGUAUGUGACAAAGUGUCGGAAGUUUACGAUGUCGAAACGGCAUUUAGCAAAGGGUUUUCGUAUAUAGUGUUUGGCUUCGCACUUGUCCAUCUUGUGAAGGAGAUUUUCCAAAUAUUCAUUCAACGCUUUAGGUACUUCACAGACAUCAGCAACCUGCUCGAAUGGGCGCUCUAUGGUACCGCAUUUGCCUUCAUGAUACCAUUUGUUAUGCCUGACGAUAUCACUGAAGAUCUAUUCAGCCAAAUGACAGAUCCUUACUUUCUCUGGAUUGUGGGAUUGGUGUCGAUAUUCCUCUGUUACGCAAACUUGGUCCUCUUCCUCCGCCGAUUUCGCCUGUUUGGUAUUUACGUCACCAUGUUUCUAGAGGUCACCCAGACGGUGCUCAAGGUGCUGAUGGUCUUCUUUGUCUUCAUUUUUGGGUUUGCCAUUGUAUUCUUCAUCCUCUUUAAGGAGCAGGAUUCAUUUAGCGAUCUCGGGAGAUCUUUUCUCAAGGUGUCAGUGAUGAUGAUUGGGGAGCUAGAAUUCGAUGAUACAUUCAUUAAAACCAUUAGCAAGAAUGCUACGUCGCGAUCGACUACCGCACCACAGAAUCCGUUUCCUGAAGCUGCGUUUGUCUUCAUCACUUUUUUCCUGCUUCUUAUGGCGAUCAUACUGAUGAACCUUCUGGUUGGUCUUGCUGUGGGAGACAUUGACUCCAUACAACAGAAUGCUACGCUAAAGAGGUUGGCCAUGCAAGUCGAAUUUGUAGCAGAGAUUGAAGAAGGCUACCCAAGAUUCAUCACGCGGCGGGUGUACCACCCAUCACUGGUUCUCAAACCAAAUCGCCCGACUCGAUGGAAAAGGUUGAUGGCUUUUCUUGGAAUGCAGAAGUUCUCGAAGCAGGACUUUGGACUACCUGCUAAUGAAAUCGAUUCAGAUUUAUCAGAGUACACCGAGGUCAGAAAGCAACUCGACAAGACUAAAAAACGCGUCAAGACGCUGGUUAAUGUGAUCGAGGCUCAGAAUACACUGUUACGAAGAUUGGCCAGAAAAAUUGAUCCCGAGGCCGAAAUGGACGCGCGAAGUCUGGACCAGAUUUCUCCCAGUAUGGCUGAGGACCAGGUAACUUUGGCUCCAGACUUCUUUGAUGGGCAACCGCCGGAAGACACGGCCCAGGAAACUAAACCACAUAUAACAGUCUACUUUCUCACAAUGACUUCUACGACAGCGAGAGCGAAAGGACCAAGAUCGAACAAUUACAAAGAUUCGCCGCUGCUGAGUCGAACAAGUACAGCCGCAAGCAAAGUCGACUUGAUGGAUUCCAGCAUUGAACUAGCUUCGUUAAAGUUUGUGGGUUUGUCAACUCGGUCACAACAGAUCCAUGAAAUCAUACAGGAUGGAAUCGUGAGUGAAUUGAGAGAUUAUCUCCUGGAUAAUAACAACGUGAAGAUAAUCAACAAUCUUGACGAAGAAGGCGUUUCUCUGCUACAUUUAGCGGCACGAUGGAAUCGAGUGGAGAUGACUCAAAUAUUGAUCGAUCAUGGCGCUCGAGUCAAUAUUCGAUUGAAGGAUGGUUCGACCCCACUUCACGUCGCAGCGAGGUUUAACUGCCCCGCAGUUGCCGAAGUUCUUCUCAAAUCAGGUGCCAAGCCAUCUCUUGUCGACGCAUUAAACAACACCGCCCUACACCAUGCUGUGCGAAGACGUAACAAGGACAUGGUAGAUCUGUUGGUGCGUGACACAGAUAUCGACGUCAAUGCUAAGACACAGGUUGGAAUGACGGCUCUGCAUCUCGUGUGCAUGAACGGCGAUCUUGAAAUAUGUCGCACCUUACUGCGACAUGAUGCAGACAUCCGAGCGAAGACCGCAGAUGAUAGCACACCCUUGCACACGGCUAUAUUCAACUGUAACACCCACCUAGCAGAACUGCUUAUUAAACAAGCCACCUCCCAACUCAUCAAUGUAGAAGAAUACGUGAACGAACCAGACUCUGACCAGGAUCGCGCUCUGCACUUGGCCGCGGAGACUGGAAACGUAACAUCGGUUGAGCUAUGUCUUGAGCACGGCGCCCACGUGAACACACAAAGGGCCACUUUGACGACUCCACUUCACAUAGCAUCCAUGAAGGGUGACCUAGAAAUAGUUGAAAUUUUGUGCAGGAAAGGAGCUGAAUUGCACAUGAAAGACAACGAGAAACAGACGCCAUUACACAGAGCAGCCAGUGACAAUCGUCUCGCAGUCAUCAAAGCUCUUCUUAGUUUGGGCGCGCAAAUUGACAUCAAAGCCAGUGGCAAUUGCACACCUUUCCUUAUGGCAGUAGCCGCUGGCAGCGCGGAAAGUGCGCAACUACUUCGUGAAUCAGGAGCUGAUGUCCACGCGAGCACAUCGGACAUAAAAAACUGCUUACACCUGGCUGUCGACAAUGGACACUUGGAAAUGCUUCAACUUCUCUUGGAGGAUAAAAAAACUUCAGAAAACCUCUACAAGUCCGACGCGCGUGAAAGGGUGCCUUUACAUAAUGCUGCUACCUCGCCCAAUAUUAAGAUUCUAGAACUCCUAUUAACCAAGUAUUCGCGAGGUUCCUUUCAAGACCAAGCCCAACAGACACCACUGCAUCUCGCAGCUCAGUGUGCUCGGUACACCCACGUGGAAGCCUUGGGAAAAGCGAUGUCUGGUAUCAAUGAGAGAGAUGAUCAUGGCAUGACACCCAUUCACCUGGCAGCGAUGAAAGGAAACAGGAAGGCAUGCCAGGUCCUUACUCGCCUUGGUGCUGACGUCAACGCUAGAGACAACGAUCGUUGGACACCGCUAAUGUGGGCCGCAAGAUCAGGCUGUGAUAAGACUUCCCAGGAGCUCCUGAAUAAACAAGCUUCUCUCGAUCACGCGAACAACAUCGGUAAUACCCCAUUACAUAUUGCAUCGUCUUAUGGAAAUGUCAGAGUGGUGGAACUGUUGCUAAAUUCUGGCGCCAAUGUGUGCAUACAAAACAAUCAGGGACAGACUUGCUUGGAUGUGGCGGUGCAGUCGGGCGCAGGGGAUGUGGCGUUGGCCAUUGCUAAACACAAAAGAUGGCCAGAAAUUCUGGAAUGUCGAAAUGUAAAUCACGAGCCACCAAUGAAAAUAUUAAUAGAGUAUUUUCCUGAAGCCGCUUAUCUUGUGAUGGAUCACUGCAUCAAACGUUCGUCUCACAUUCAAACAGAUCCCAACUACACCGAAUGGUACGAUUUCCAUCUUCUGGACCCAGGUCCUGAUGACGAGACAAACCUCGCAGGAAACCGCUUCUUUGGGCCCACAACAAUGGUGAAAUUCAAUCGCGAAGGUCUCCUCUUACAUCCCUUGACACAGAAGCUCUUAGAUGUCAAAUGGGCUUCAUUUGGGCGAUACAUAUACUACUUCAAUCUCCUGACCUACUUAAUUUUCUUGAUUACGUACACCAUAUUUAUAGUCACGGAGAGAAAUGUUCAAGAUUUCAAUCCGACUAAAUCAGAGAAUGAGACCGACAAGCGUGUUAAAGUCACGGAGAUUUUCAUCAGGUCCACCGUGUUUAACGGAGCUGUGUUAUACGUCGCCUUGGUCUUCGCCUUUGCCCACAUCCUAAAAGAAAUAUUUCAGCUCUUUGUUCAACGGAGACGAUACUUCCGCGAUCCCUCUAACGUCACUGAAUGGGCUCUGUACGUGACAACACUCUGUUUUAUGAUGCCUUAUAUGCUAACAACCAAACAGCUGGAAGAAGUAUUUGGCAGCCUGAAAAAUCCGCGAAAUUUGUGGAUCUUUGGAAUUGUCUCCAUCUUCUUGUGCUAUGUGAAUGCGAUUCUGUUCUUGAGGCGCUUUCAGCCCUUUGGAAUUUACGUAUCCAUGUUCCUUGAGGUCUUCAAAACGGUAGCAAGAGUAUUUUUGGUCUUCUUUAUUUUCAUCAUCGCAUUUGCCGUUGUGUUCUUCGUCCUUUUCAAAGAACAGGAAGCGUUUAGAAACGUUGGUCGGUCGAUUGUCAAAGUGUCCGUUAUGAUGGUUGGGGAGUUUGAGUACCUCACGUCUUUUAUCGAAAGCAUCGGCAGCAAUAAUGAACGCACAGGGAACCCUCUGAAUCCAUUUCCGGAGAUUGCGCUCACCUUCAUCUUCGUGUUUCUCCUUCUAAUGUCGAUUAUUCUUAUGAAUCUUCUGGUUGGCUUAGCUGUGGGUGACAUCGAAUCCGUACAAAGAACAGCCACUCUUCAGCGAAUGGCAAUGCAGGUUUCAUUUGUGGCCGAAGUUGAGAACAAGUACCCGAGAUUCAUCACGCGCAAAAUUUAUAACCCGUCACUUGAGUUAAAACCGAACGCCUACAAAGGCAAACUCAGCAAAUUCCAUGCUUGGCUAGCAGGGCAAGCUAAAUUUCUCGAAGACGAAACUUCCUUAACCCCUUGUGAGGAAAUGAAAGAGUCCACCAUCUACGACAUUCAACAGCAAGUGAACAAGACCAAGAAGCGAGUCAAGACUCUGGUAAGGACGAUGGAACUUCAGAACCGCUUGUUAGUCAUGAUGGCGAGAAAAAUGAAUCUCGGCGUAGAGGCAGAUGAAUUGGACACCGGAGAGUGGGUUCCUGAGGCUCAACCUGGGCCAGCUUAUGGA